AUGGGUAAACGCAGCAGUGCCAAAAAGCCUCAAACCCGAGUCAAGUUGACCCUAGGUCAGUCUCGCUACCAGUCCUGACUCCUCGACGGGUCUGCUCAUCACGUUGGUCCAAGGUAACACAUGCACUGACACUUCUCGUCUCCCGCAAUGUCGUCCCCCUCUGCAUUCGAAACGCACGACCACCGUUCCCCCCGCCUGCCCCGACACAUUCAUCGGACAUGAUCCUGCUCCUCAGACAAGACCUUCAAAUGCAUGUUCUGCCAACACAACGGCACCAUCACAUGUAAAAUGCAAGCUUUCGAGCGAACUGGGAACUGCAGUGGGAACCUCGACUCGAAGCCUGACUCGAGGAGAUCUUGUCGCCCCUGUGAUUUCAUAGUGAUAACAAGACCAAAGUCGGCAGGUUGGAUUGUAAAGAUUGUGCGCAACACUUUGAGGUGCGCUCCCUGUCUACAUGACGAAGCAUGAUCACACUCUUUCGAACGGUCUCAGCGGAGAACUGAACUGAUCUCUUUCUCCUACUUCGUCGAACAGACCGAUAUCAAUCGUACGUGACUCCUCAAGACUCGUUAUCAAAAGCAUUCUGACUAAGCCUCGAUCUCAACCCACCUCUUUCGACGACAGACCUGACCGAACCGAUCGACAUUUACGCCGAAUGGAUCGACGCCUGCCGCGCCGUCAACCCCGAAGGUGCACGACUUCAACACCGUGGACAAGCUCCCGCCGUGGUACGAUCUAACCCUACUAGUACUCAAGCGACGAAUGCCGCGAGGGGGAAGAAGCGACGUGGUUCACAUGAUGAUGAUCAAGAGGAGGAGGAGGAUGAAGAUGAAGACGAUUUACCGAACCCUGUUGGACAGAGGAAGAAGAGACGUGCUUUGGAUGAGGAUGACGCUGAAGAGGAAGAUGAGCAGGAGGAGGAUCAGGGUUUACCGGAACCGGUCGGGAAGAGCAGAGUGGGGGUACCGCAGCAAGUGGAGGAAGAGUAUGGGGAUGACGACGAGGAUUUACCUGAACCGCAGGGGAGGAAGAAUCGGCCGGGAGUCGUAGUUGAUGAUGAGGAGGAUGAAUGA